AUGGGAUAUGAAGAACUUGGCGAUUCGUCAGAGAUAAGACUACGCAGAUAUGCUCGUCACCUAGACUUGGGCGACGAAACGGCUGAUCAGGUCGAUAAGAUCCUUAGUUGGAAGCGUCGCGAGUAUGAAAUUAAACUUCAGAAGGAAAGCGAGUUCUCAACUGCCAUGAUUGUCAUUCUCUUUUCACUCUGCGAGAACAUCUCCACGCUAUAUCUUGCCGAAAACCUCCAGCAGCCUGUUCUGGACUAUAUGCUCAAAGCGAACUAUGCACAGAUGAAGAGUCCUCCACUUCAGAAGCUGAAACAUGUCCGCUUUUUUGCUGGCGCUCGAAGCGACGAGAGGUUUUACAGCGCGUUCGAUAUUCUCAAAUUCAUCCAGUUGAUACAUCGCCUCCCGGCUCUUGAAUUUGUGGCCAUGGAUGGCAUGUGUGAUUAUCAGGCUGAGCAAACAUUCUUCGUUCCGGGGACAGGAAAUAUGAAGAGAUUGGAGAUCACUCAUUGCGAUAUUUCUCCUAGUUUCCUCACUGUCUUGAUAUCGAUCCCCAAAGCGCUUGAGGAAUUCAAGCUGUCGAUUGGUGGUUUGAUGACUCUUGACGGGGCAGAUACUCAUAGCGAACCAUUUUAUAUCGCAAAGGGACUUUCUGCGCAUAGAUACUCGUUAAGAGUGCUGGAUAUUGACGUUGAUGCAGGCGCUGGGGCAAAUGCGCUGGACUGGGAUGUUGACAGCAACUACGAGGAGGGAGAAGAUGACGGGACGAAUUGGGAGAUGAAAGACCAGCUUGAUCUAUAUGGACGCGAUCGGCUAGCUUUGGAUAAGAAGAUCAGUACUGGACACAAGAUGGAAAGUGGCAAAGAGUACACACCGACGAUCGGGUCAUUACACGACUUUCCUCACCUCACGCAUCUGAGCAUCAGCAUCAUGCCACUCCUUGGGGAAUAUGAUUGGUGGAAGCCACCGUUUCGAUCUAAAGAACCACCCUACCGACUUGAGAAACCCGCGCCUCUUAGACUGGUAGACAUGUUACCGCCUUCUCUAGAGUAUUUGUGCCUCUAUGGGUACACGCGGGGUGAAAAUUCGGAUGUUGACGAGUAUAUUGAUGAGCUUUUGGCUGAGAAGGAUGAAAAGUUGCCGAAUUUGAAGGUUAUCGAGGGUAUUAACAAGUGUGUGCGUGAUAUAAAGGAUAUUCUGCAUGAUAUGUCCGUUGCGGAGGUUGAUGAGGAAGAACUUUAUGUGCGAGGGGAGGGAUUUGAGUCUGGUUGGAAGAAGGUGGAGGAGCCGAAGCAGAACUGA